AUAAGAUAUGAUUACUUCCGAAAGGCCAUCCAAUGAGAUAUUUCCUAUUUCAUACCAACUUUUUAAGCUUUUCUUGUCGGUUCUAGGUUCUAGACGGGAGUUCGCAUAUGUUUAGGUACAUAGGUAGUUCCUUUCAGAACUAAAAAUAAAUAAACUACUGUAUCUCUCUCGUUCAUUCGAUCUCACUGCCAAGGGGUCGAGGCCAUCAUAUCUUAAAUACCUAAUUGAGUCAGACGGCCAGACAUAGGUAGAGUAAAGCCACAGAAAAUACCAUGGCGUGAGGCUGAAUGAAUCACGUACCUCUUUGUUUACUUGCAGCUGACAACUCCAUUGCAGGCACCUAAGAUAGGAAUCAAUUCACCUACCUCUUAUCACCAUCUAUACUGUAACGAAGCAAGACAAUGAAAAUAAAUGCACUUACAAUUAUCAUAUCUACCCUAACCUAGCCGAAUUUGAAGGUUGAUGAUAUUUGAUAAGUACUUAAUUAAGUUUAAUUCUCCCGUAAUACCCUCACUUAUACAUAAGUCAACUCUCUCUUCUGAACAGUUGCUAUGCCUGAAAUAGCCGAAGUCGCUCGCGUCGUCCACUUCCUCCGCAUCCACCUGGCGGGUAAGACCAUCGCCAAGGUCGUCGCCCCCGACGACGCCAGCAUCUUCGGCAAGGUCGGGACCAGCGGCCCCGCGUUCGAAAAGGCCCUCGCCGGGAAGAAGGUCCUCGAGGUCGCUAGCCAGGGCAAGUACUUCUGGAUGGUCCUGUCGCAGCCGCCGCAUCCUGUUAUGCACCUAGGAAUGACGGGCUGGGUCCAGAUCCGGGGCAUACAAACGGGGUACACGCGCUACAUCGAGCGGACCAAGAACGAGCCGGAGCACUGGCCGCCCAAAUACUGGAAAUUCCACCUCGAAGCAGCAACCGGCGCCAGCGCGCCCGACAAAGUCGAAGUCGCCUUCACCGACUUCCGGCGCUUCGGGCGCGUGCGCCUGGUCGACUGCCCCGGGCCGCACAUCCGGCUGCACCCGCCGUUGGUCGACAACGGGCCGGACCCGGUGGUCGACAAGCACGUGUUCACGGAGGCCUUCCUGCGGGAGAAGAUGCGCCGCCGCCACGUGCCCGUCAAGGCGCUGCUGCUGGACCAGGCGACGCUCAGCGGCGUGGGGAACUGGGUGGCGGACGAGGUGCUGUACCAGGCGCGGGUGCACCCGGAGGAGUACUGCGACGAGGUCUCCGACGCGGACGUCGGCGGCUUGUACCGGGCGAUCCGGUACGUGUGCGAGACCGCGGUGGAAAAGCUGGGGGACUCGGAUGAGUUCCCCGAGGACUGGCUGUUCAAGCACCGCUGGGGAAAGGGGAAGAAGGACGCCCCGACGAAGCUGCCGAGCGGCGAGGAGAUCGUGCAUAUCACGGUGGGGGGAAGGACGAGUUGCGUGGUGCCGAGCGUGCAGAAGAGGAAGGGGCGGGGGAAGACUACUAUUGACGAGAUAAAGGGGGAGGAAGGAGAGGGCUCCGCGGAGGCGGAAGAUGGGACGGAGAGUCGCUUCUUUCAGGGCAAGGGUAAGAGAAAAGGGAAGAAGCAAGUAAAGAGCGAAGCGGAGACGGAGACGGAUGUAGACGCGGAGGAGCGUCCAAGCAAGAAGGCGAAAACUGCAAAGCCGAAGAGAGCUAUGAAGGUCACGGAAGAGGAAGAAGAGGUAGGGAAGGAGGAAGAAAAGCCCGCGCCGAAGACAUCCUCGAAAUCUAUCAAGCAGGUGAAAGAAGAAGCGAAACCGAUCAAGCUCGAGCCCGAGCUGGGGAGAAGACGAUCAAGUAGGCUUAGCCGUGUAGCCGCCUAACAUAAGCGUUGGUAGUCCAGUGGUGCUAUAGUGUAGAAUAAUGAGUAUGAGGGAUAUGGAAUUUCAAAUGACAAGUAU